CCUGUCCUGUCCUGUCCUCUCCUGUCCUGUCCUGUCCUGUCCUGUCCUCUCCUGUCCUGUCCUGUCCUAUUGGAAAACAGAUAAAAGAAAAGGAAACUGGACACAGAAAAAAAAAACCACUUUUCUGAUCAUUUGUAUCAGUAACACAACUCUCCAACAACAGGAAACAUCAGAUGGACAUGUGGUCCAAACAUUAAACCAGUAACAUUUUCCAGUAUCACAUUUGAACUUUAUCCCAGUACCGAACAAAAACUUUAGGUCACCACCAGUUCAUGAAACCAAGUUUAUUAAUCCACGUCGUUGAUCAGAUCACGUCCCUAAAACAGGACAUUGACAGAUUCAAAUUAAAGUUAAAGACAAUGUUCAAAGCCCGUCCACGUCAUUUAUCUUCCUGUUCACUUAAAAAUCCAUAGAAAAGAAGAUCCCUAGAGCUCAAGUCAACAUCCAAGUCACUAAGAGCAUGUGGACUGGACUGAGACCUGACAUGAAUCGGUGAAAAAAAGGUUUGAAUCCCAGUCUGUGUUUGUCACCAGUCUUAGAAGAAAAAAAUAAGACCGAACUCAGCAAAUCUGGUGAUGGCCUAAGACUUUUGCACCGUACAUUUAAGGUCCGCGCUGAUGACCUUUGAAAAAAAGUACCACUUCCUGCAGUUCACGGACAGUUCCAACGAUGCUUAUUUGUCCUCCUCCGUCGUCCCAGAGCGACAGUAUGGAUACGUCUGCUCUGAGGCCUGGGAUUUAAGGAAUACCUCGGUGCGGAAUUCACUUCCUCUGUGCUGUAUGAAGUGUUUGUUCAUAUGAAACCAUCCACAGCUAUGCAGUACCGCCCCCAGCAGCCCAUUGGUCUCCCUUUCUGAACAUAUGCAACUGCUAGCCUUAGCAUCACCCUCGGGCUUCAUGUAAGACGUGGACGCUGCCAUUUGUUUGCUUUGUCAACUCAAAGAUACCGUCUUUGGUUCUCAGGUGGAGUCAUGUGAGUGGAGGUCGUGUUUUGUGUUGCAGUAACAACCUGAGGCAGAAUCGGCUUUUCUUCAGAAAAAGAUGUCGGAAUGUUGUUGUUUUUUUUUAACUAUGUCCCAGUAGUCUGUACUUUGGUCCAGGUCACAGGUCAGCGUGAAGCCCAUUUGACACCGACCCGAGUCCGAUUCCAUAUCUAGUUAUUGGUGCCGAGACUUGAGUCCUGUCACAGAACUAGAGCAGGGUCCAGGACCACCUGGACUCCCAAGUUAGUCUUUCUUAAUCUUUCAUUUUCAACUAAAUGGGAUCCAAAUCUACAAAAUUGAGGCGUUGUUUUUUUUUUGUUUGUGUUUUUUUGUUUUUUGACCUCCACUUAGAUGGAGCAACAAACCCGUUGACUUAAAUCUGAAACACCUCAUUGCUAUCAAAGCCGUUUGCCUGCAGCAGAUUCUGUGUUUAGUCUUCGCUCAUGGAUUCUUUUGGAAUCCAGUCGAACGUCCUGUUGCAUGAACACAUCCAGCCUUUAAAAGUGUCUCCUCAGAUGUUUGACCUGCAGGAUUGUCACCCCGUGUAUUAAAGUGUACAGAUAUUUUUCUCGUAAAUGACAAAAAUUAAUACUGAUAUUAAUAAUAAUGAUAUGAUAUAUUCUACACCAGCAAAUCUGUCUGUGGAUCAGUGUGUUGUCAGCUGUCCAGGUCCAGACUCUUCCCAAACCGGGACUCGACCACAGACCUGAUGUAAAAAAAAACAAACAAACAAAAAAAAAAAGGAAGUUGUCAUCCAGGUGCUGGACUUAUUGGGGCCUGGAUGUGGAUGUGAAUCUGUUGGGGAGCCCCCUGCUGGUUGUUGGUAUCAGUGUUGCUGCUUAUAACUUGGAUCUGAAACUAAACAAAAGUUUAUUAAAAUGAUGAUGUAAAAAAAAAAAAAAAAGGCUUCGUUCCUUGUGCAAUGUGUAUGUAAUGAAAUGAGACUUUCUUUCUUAAAAUGAAUUAAACUAAACCUGGACCAGGUUUACGUUUACGUGUUUGUGUCGUUACUCUGAGUGAAGUGAAGUGUUGGAGGGAAAAAUCACCAGGUGGUUUGGGUUCUAGGUUCUACCACAGAUGUUCCUGAGCCUUUAAAGUUUCUUUAACGUCACUGUCGUCAGGACCGUUGUUGAACACAUUAGUGUGCCAAAAAAACUGCAGUGAACCUGAUUUUGAAACACUGCAUUUCCUACUAAAAAGUGUCUGAUCAUCAGGCUUCAGUUGGACAAACGAAGGUUCAGUCGUUCAAGUUAUUAUAAAUAAGUUAUAUAAAUUAUAAACAUGUGGGGCGUGUGGUCACUUCCUGAGUGCUCUUAGGCCCAGAAUUACAAACAUUAUUCUUUUUCUUUUUUUCUUCUUUUUUUUUGACUGGUACAAUGUGUCGAACCAUACAGAGCCACUAAACACCUCCUGGUCGUCACCUUAAACUUACAGGUGAGAAAUUCAAAUUUUAUUCUUAUUUUACUUUACCGUUCUAUUUCUUCUUUCUUCUUCUACUUUUAUUUUAUUUUUCCUUCCUGUGAGUGGAGCUCACAUUUGUUUGUCAGUGUCGUCCAGUGACACUGUUGCCUUUCUUCACCCCUCCUUCCCCUCCUCCCCCUCGGGCCACCCCUCUCACCCCCUUCUGUAGCCUUAACUUCACAGAGUUGCAGCAGCAGCAGCAGCAGCAGCAGCAGGAGAAAGACUUUCCUUGACUUUUCUUUAUUUGUUCUUUUUUCUUUAUUCUUCUGACAGGAGCCAUGAACCUCGGAGCAGAGGAGCACUGACUGUAACUGGAGGAAGAAGAGGAGGAGAAAAUCAGGAGCAGCGAGAAGAUGGUUCUUUUGUAAAGAGCUACGAGAAAACCUGGGCCGAGGAGGAACAUGCUGGACAUUUAGAGCCAACGACAGAGAAAACAACCAAGCUGUUCUGCACCGUGAUUGGCUGAAACCAUGGCAGUUACCCAGAAGGGCCAGGAGGAACUCAGCGAAGGCCGCAGGAGGUCACGUCGGGUCAGACCUCCUCCGGAAGGUGGCUGGGGUUGGAUGGUCGUCGCCGGCUGUUUCCUGGCCACCGUUUGCACCAGAGGAGUGACCAGAUGUGUUUCUCUGUUCUUCGUGGAGUUCCAGGAGCACUUUGGCCAGGAUUACUCCACCACCGCCUGGAUCCACAGCCUGGUGGACGCCACCACCAUGCUCUGUGCUCCUCUGGGUGGUUUCCUCGGGAGUCGACUCUCCUGCAGAGCCACGAUCAUCCUGGGGGGGGUGCUGUCCACCGCCGGACUCGUCAUCAGCGCCUUCGCUUCUAGUCUGGUCUAUCUCUACGUCUCGAUGGGCGUCUUAACGGGCCUCGGCUUUUCCUUCUGCUACACUCCGUCCGUGGCCAUGGUGGGAACAUACUUCAGUGAGAGGAAAGCUCUGGCCUUCGGCAUUUCUCUGUCUGGUUCUGGCAUCGGGACCUUCAUCCUGGCUCCGGUGGUACAGCUGCUGAUUCAACAUUACACCUGGAGGGGCGCUCUACUCAUCCUGGGAGGACUUGUGUCUAACCUGUGUGUCUGUGGUGCUCUGAUGAAGCCACUAGGGGGCGCUGAUGAACAUGAACCAGCGACCACUCUGAGUCCUGAUCAAGUCCCGUCUGAGACGAAGCCGAUGAAACCAAACAACCUUCAGGACACGCAGUGGCUGAUCUCCACCAACGGUGGCGUCAAACACACGGAGCCCGGCGGUGGCACACAAGGGCUGGACGAGGAGACGGCCGAGAGGUCAAAAGAUGAUUCGUCCAGAGGGGGCGCUCUCUGCCUGAGGUCCAGUCCAGAGUUUGGAUUUCUUCUGAUGCCGGACUUCCUGAUCCUGUCCGCCUCCUUCCUGUUGAUGGCGUACGGCUGCAGCAGUCCCAUGGUCUACCUGGUCCCCUACGCUCUCAGCGUGGGGGUGGAGCAUCAGCACGCUGCCUUCCUCAUGUCCAUAUUUGGAGUCAGUGUGAUUGUGGGAAACAUCACCUUUGGCUGGAUCACAGACAGGAAGGGUUUGAAGAAGUAUCGUCUGCUAGGCUACAUGCUAGCGGUCGGCUGCGACGGCCUGUGCUGUAUGUUCGUUCCUCUCCUUCACUCCUUUCCUCUCCUCGUUCCCUUCGUCAUUUUCUACGGUUACUUCGAAGGAGCGUAUGUCGCGCUGAUCCCCGUGGUGACGUCGGACGUCAUUGGCACCAACUACCUCAGCUCCAGUCUGGGCGUUGUCUUCUUCCUGCACGCCGUCCCUUUCCUGAUCAGUCCACCAAUAGGAGGGUGGUUAGUGGACACGACCGGUAACUACACCUCCACCUUCCUCCUCUCCGGCUCCUGCUUCCUGUGCAGCUCUCUGGUUCUGUCCACGGUUUUGUUAAGACGUUACAGGAGGUCAAAGUGGAAAAAAGACCAAAUCAGUGACGAGCAGAAGAUCAUCUGACAUCACUGUGACCUCAUCACUACAGAGACCGACUCAGAAGGACCAAAGCAGAACCUCAUUUUUACUACUUUGGUUGUUUGAAUGUGUGUGUGUGUGUAUGAACACACACGUGUGUGUGUUAGCAUUCCAAUACUAUUAUGCCUUAAGUUUAAACUUGUUUUUUAAAGCACAAAAAUAUUUAAUUCAUAAAUAAACUUUCAUGGUUAAAAUCCGA